AUGGAGCGGGGCGGGGCCUCGGGUUGGUCGGAGACAUCCGCUUCCGGGGCUGCGGCCAUUGCUCUUCCCGGCUCGACAGGCUCGCCGUGCCGUGCCCGGGACCAGUCCCCAAGUUGUUCGGGCCCUGAGCCGCAGCCGCCCUCGCCCCGCCGCCGGACGCCCUCGCCCCGCCGCCGGACGCCCUCGCCCCGCUGCCGGACGCCUCAGCCAGCCAUGCUGGAGCACCUGAGCUCGCUGCCCAUGCAGAUGGAUUACAAGGGCCAGAAGCUAGCUGAACAGAUGUUUCAGGGAAUUAUUCUUUUUUCAGCAAUAGUUGGAUUUAUCUACGGGUACGUGACUGAACAGUUCGGAUGGACUGUCUAUAUAGUUAUGGCUGGAUUUGUGUUUUCGUGUUUGCUGACACUUCCUCCAUGGCCCAUUUAUCGCCGGCACCCCCUCAAGUGGUUACCAGUUCAAGAUUCAGGCACAGAAGACAAGAAACCAGGGGAAAGGAAAGUUAAAAGGCAUGCUAAAAAUAAUUGA